AUGUUGACGUCCCGUAUUCUUCCACUCGCCCUUUGGGCUGUUCGCUCCAAUGCCUUCAGUGGUGAAAUGCUACAAUUCAAUACAGGUCCAGAUAUGAUCUCGAUGGCCGACGCCGCAGCGAACAACAUACUAAUUCCAGACGUCGCGGCCAACUUCUCAGAAUGGAUCGAAGGAACCCAACAGAUGGGGUCUUUCGGCCUCAGUCCACGACAAAGACAAUGUGUCGAUCCGGGAUACUGUAAGAUCCCUGUUCAAACGGUCAACGAUGUUGCCCCCAAGGGGACACUUGCGUUCCAGGUGGCUGCUGUCGCGGUAAUGCUCAACAAUGCGGCUCAAGCAAAUGCUACUAUCCAUCCUCCCAAAUCUGCUGCAGCAGCGGUAUCGCUUGCAAGAAAGGGCAGAAUUGCGUUGACGGUGGCUGCUGUGAAAGCGGUGAAUCGAAAUGCGGUUCUUCUGGAUGCUACAAUCCCAAGACCUCAGUCUGUUGUGGAAGUUCGAGCAUACACUGCCCGAAAGGCUACGAUUGCAUGCCCGGUGGCGGAUGCUGUCCAGCUGGUCAGAAGCGUUGUGGAAACAGCAAGUGCUACGAUCCCAAGAGAGCAAACUGUUGCACUGGACCGGGCACUGUCUGGGCUUGUGAAAAGAGCAAGGAGUGUUGCUCAAAUGGAUUUUGCGCGAGCCCUUCUACAGAGAAAUGCUGUAAGAACGGGUCGUGUGAAAAGGGAACAACUUGUUGCGAAAAUGAAUGCUGUCGGUCAAAUGGCUACUGUGCAUCGGAUGGCUAUUUUCACCUGCGUCCCUAUGACAGCUACCAAUGACGUUGGCGCCACCCUUGAGCUUGACGAUGGUUGUGUCCUUCAUUACGAGCCACCUGGAGCCACGACUACAGAGAACAAUGCCGCUCGUCUUCGACGUGAGGCCCCAACAGCGCCUGUUAUCGGCCAUGCUGGUGGACUCUUGGCUCGCCAAGCAUCUUGCACGCCUUCCACAACUCUGACACGAACUAUAUGGGAAACCGAAACAGUUACAGAGACGGGUACACGGACGGUUAUAGUCCAAGGUGACGAAGCAACCUUUUCUUGUCCUGAGAUGGAGGUCACGAACGAUGUUGGAGAUACACUUGCUUUAGAUGGAGAGUGUGUUCUGUCAUUCUCUCCAGCAGAGACUACUAGUGUACAGGAAGAAGCGCCGACACAGGGCAGACCAACUGUGAAUGGCCAGGGACCCUCUGUUCCUGUCGGACCUUCAGCGACAGCUUCUGGGGAUGAUGACAGUGCUGGUUCGAUUUCCGAAAUCCGGAUAUUCUUUAUAGUAGGAUUCAUUGCAGUUUCUAUGCUGUGGACCGCGCUUUGA